AUGUCUCCGGCCGCCCCAGCGCCAGCAGCCGCCCGCGCCGCGGGGGGACGAUGAGGAGGAGGCAGCAGCGGCCGCCGCAGCAGCAGCAGCGCUAGGAGCCGCGCGGCCCAUGCGGAGCGAGCGCGCCGCCGCCGCCCGCCACAGCCAAUCCGCCGCCCGCCCGCCGGGCGAGAACAAUAGAGCCCGCGGCGGGCUCCGGGCGGGACGGGACCGGAGCGGGGCGCCGCGGCCCCAGGCAGCCGGCGGGGGGAGCCAGCAGCAGCCGCUUUGUCCGGGAGCCCCGGCGGCAGCGCCCGGGGGAGGGUCCGCGUUCCCCUCCCCCCUCGGAUGCUUUUCUUCCUGAGCAGGACUGCCACUGUUGAGUCUGUGGGAGUAUGAAUCAGCAGCAGCAGAGAAUGGCUGCAGUUGGGACAGACAAAGAACUCAGUGACCUGCUGGACUUCAGUAUGAUGUUCCCCCUGCCAGUGGCUAAUGGAAAAAACAGACCCACGACGCUAGCGAGCACGCAGUUUGGUGGAUCAGGUUUGGAUGAAAGACCAGGAUCAGGUUCCUGGGGUGCAGGAGAUCAAAACAGCUCCACAUUUGACCAAGGAAGGCAGGGCUAUGGUGAAGGCGCCCAUUAUGGAGAGCACAGGGACCUAUCAUCUCACAACAGCAUAUCUUCAUCACCAUUCCUGGGGUCUGGACUAGUAGGGAAGAGCGGUGAAAGACCUCCCUACUCAACGUUCAGCAGAGACACAGGGAUGCCAGGACUAAAUCAGACUGGUUUCCUGCCCAGUGAAAUGGGAAUUGCAAGUCCAACCACACUUUCCCCCACAGGGGUGAAGGGAGGGUCUCAGUAUUAUUCUUACCCAAACAACCCUCGUAGGAGAAGUGCUGACAGCAACAUAGAUGGACAGCCUAAAAAGGUUCGGAAGGUGCCUCCAGGUCUGCCCUCGUCGGUGUAUCCAUCCAACUCAGGUGAUGACUACAGCAGGGAUCCAGCUGGAUAUGCCCCCUCGAAACCUCCCAGCACUGUGUAUCCUGGAGCCUUCUACAUGCCAGAUGGACUUCAUAACUCGCCAGAUCUGUGGAGCUCGUCCGGCACCAUGAGCCAGUCGAGCUAUGGAGCCAUGCUGGGUGGCUCCUCGGCCCCUCUCCCACAGUCCGGUGGCUUCAAUAGUUUACAUCAGCACGAACGGAUGAACUACCCGAUGCAUUCAGGAGAAGUUAAUGGCGGACUUUCCUCUGUGUCUGGCUUUCCCUCUGCCUCCACCCCUUAUGGCGUGCCCAGUCAUACGCCACCGAUCAGUGGGACAGACAGCAUGAUGGGCAACAGAGGAACCACAGCUGGGAGCUCGGGAGAUGCGCUUGGGAAAGCAUUAGCUUCAAUUUAUUCCCCAGAUCACUCUAGCAAUAACUUCUCUUCAAACCCCUCCACCCCCGUGGGCUCCCCGCAGGGGCUUGCAGGCACUUCCCAGUGGCCCCGAGCGGGCGGACAGGGUGCCUUGUCUCCUAGCUAUGAAGGGACUCUCCACACGUUACAAAACAAAAUGGAAGACAGAUUGGAUGAAGCCAUCCAUGUGCUGAGGAACCACGCGGUGGGCCAGACGGCUGCCAUGCCAGCCAACCACGGAGAUAUGCACAGCCUGCUGGGAUCGGCCCCUGGUCACAGCGCCUCAGUGGGCGGGCUCAGCCAGGCCUUCCCCACUUCAGUUAUGCCUCUAGGGAACAGGCAUUCAAGUCUGGUGGGAGGAAGUCACCCUGAAGACGGACUAUCCAGCAACCCCAGCAUGCUCCACAACCAUGUUACACUUCCCUCGCAGCCCAGCUCGCUCCCCGAUCUCAGCAGGCAGCAAGACACGUACAGCGGCUUGACGGGGCUGGGCAGAGCCAGCGUCUCCUCGGGGACCAGUGAAAUAAAGCGGGAAGAGAAGGAGGACGAGGAGAACACGUCAGUGGCCGAUAACUCGGAAGAGGAGAAGAAGGAAAUGAAGCCGUCACGGAACAGAACAAGGUGCUCUUUGAACAGCAGUACAGACGAGGCCCUGUCACUGGAGGACAAAGAUCUGAGGGACCGGGAGAGGAGAAUGGCCAAUAACGCCAGGGAAAGGGUGCGUGUACGGGACAUUAACGAGGCCUUUAAAGAGCUGGGACGCAUGUGUCAGAUGCACUUAAAAACGGACAAAGCACAGACCAAACUGAUCAUCCUACAGCAAGCGGUGCAGGUCAUUCUGGGCUUGGAGCAGCAAGUACGAGAGCGCAAUCUGAACCCUAAAGCAGCCUGCUUGAAGCGUCGGGAAGAGGAGAAAGUGUCCGGAGUAGUAGGAGAUCCCCAGAUGACACUUUCAGCUUCACACCCUGGUCUAGGAGAUGGUCACAACCCCGUUGGACACAUGUGAAGAUCUUUUUGUUCCCCGGAUACAGAGAUGGGUAGGAAGCAAACCCUCGGUGUGACCUGCAACCUUCUUGAACCAUAAACUUUAGUACUGCUAAUACUGACACACGAGAAAGGAGCCUGGCAUGCUUUAAGGGGCGUUAAAAAGAAACAAACACUUGGUCAAAAACAAAACAAAAAAUUGCCUUAAGUAUAAAGUAUGGACCCGUCAAUACAUAUCACUCAGUUAACAGGGGGAGCAUCGUGUUCUCUUGGCUUGGUCUCAAGCAGCCAGCAGCAAAAUUGUGCCUAAGCUUAAUAUUUCUUUUUUUUUUAAAAAAGAACAUUAGUUAUGAGAUUUUUUAGGUAGAACAAAAUAGCAAUGCCUUUUGGUUUUUUUAGCUUCUUUUGCAUAUGUUUUGUAAGCAACAAAAAAAAAAUUUUUGUAUAAAAAAAAAAAAAAGUCUUGUACCCCAUGCUUUUCUGCUGCUGUUUCUAUAGUUGAUGUUGCAUCUUUAGGAUCAACCAGAAUAUUAAAAUUGUAUUAAAAGAGA